CAACAGGCUACUUUGCGAAGGCAGCUGCAUGGAUAGCGACGACAACAGCAACGGCGAUCAGGAUUUCGCAUGCGGUGAUAUUUCCUCAAACCAAAAUGCUCCUCAGCCUUAGAAUGUGAGUACUGUGGAGUCUUAAAUGUUUUCCGCCACCCGAAGUGACAUUAACACGCUCUUUUAAGUGGAAACUGUUUGAAAGCUAGCUGGCUAGCUCGCUAGCUUCCUGCGUCUCUCUAUGUUUGAGCGUCUUCCGGCAGCAGUGGCGGCAGCGGCAGUGCCAUGAACAGUGGACUCCCACCUUCAGCUGCUCCGCUCGGGGGUGCCGGGAUACCCAAUGUCAAGGUGAAGUUUUGCCGAUACUACGCAAAAGACAAAACCUGCUUUUAUGGAGAUGAGUGUCAGUUCCUGCAUGAAGAUCCGUCCAUGGCGAGCCUGCCGUUGCACGGCGGCGGCAGUCCCGUCCCGUUGUCCAUGGCCGGAGGUAGUGGGACGCCAGCGGGGUAUUCCCUUGGCGGCUCCGCGGCGGGCUGUCCAGGCGGUGGGGGCACCGGCGUGUCCAAGAAGAGCGAAACAUUGGGGCCUGCGGGCACCUCUCUGGAGGGGCAGCUGUUAACCAUCCCAGGGAUGGAGGGCGCAACCCUGAGUGAUGCCAAUCUUACCAACUCUUACUUCAGCAGCAGCUUUAUUGGGGUCAAUGGAUUUGGAAGUCCAGCAGAGCCUAAAUACUCAAUGAUGCAGCGAAUGACUACCAGCAGCAGCUCUCCCAGUCUCCUCAACGAUGGUGCCAAGAACUUCAGCCACAGCACUCACGAUCCAGUGAACUCCCCGACAUCCUCACUGUUCAGUGAUUUUGGUGCUCUUAGCAUUUCCCAAAGGAGAAAGACUCCUAACCCGGCAGCGAGUGAAUUCAUCCCUAAGGGAGCUCCUCGUAUGGCCACCGUGGCUCAGUCUGCUGUCCAGGCCUUCCCUUCACCGCUCUUUACACAUCCUGGUCUCAGUAGCUCCACUGCUGCUGCUCUGGCUCCAGGUAUGUCAUUGUCUGCGGGAUCUUCUCCUCUUCACUCGCCCAAAAUUACACCACACACCUCACCUGCUCCCCGUCGACGCAGUCACACCCCUAACCCUGCCAACUACAUGGUGCCCACCACCGCAUCUGACCAGGCCGCUCACAUUAUCCAGAAAGAGACUGUGGGGGGGACCACCUACUUUUACACAGACAACACCCCAGCACCAAUGGCUGGCAUGGUGUUUCCUACCUACCAUAUCUAUCCCCCCACUGCGCCACAUGUGGCUUACAUGCAGCCGAAAGCCAAUGCCCCAUCCUUCUUCAUGGCUGAUGAGCUCCGACAGGAGUUGAUAAACAGACACCUAAUAACCAUGGCCCAAAUUGACCACUCAGAGAAUCCAGAUGUACCAUCUGAGGUGGACAGCUACCACAGCCUGUUUCCUCUUGAGCCCCUUCCCCCACCAAACCGCAUGCAAAAAACCAGCAACUUCAGCUACAUCACCUCGUGCUACAAGGCAGUCAAUAGCAAAGAUGACCUACCGUACUGCCUGAGGAGGAUACACGGUUUCCGCCUUGUUAACACAAAGUGCAUGAUGCUGGUGGACAUGUGGAAGAAGAUUCAGCACUCAAACACUGUAACAUUGAGGGAGGUCUUCACCACCAAGGCCUUUGGAGACCACUCUUUGGUCUUCUCUUAUGACUUCCAUGCAGGUGCAGAAACCAUGUUCAGCAGACACUUUAAUGACCCAGCAGCAGAUUCGUACUUUACCAAAAGGAAGUGGGGACAACAUGAACCCCCCCCACCGCGGCAGCACGCAGGUCUGCUCCCAGAAUCCCUGAUCUGGGCAUACAUCGUCCAGCUCAGCUCGGCUCUGCGCACCAUCCACACUGCUGGCCUGGCCUGCCGUGUGAUGGACCCCAGCAAGAUUCUCAUUACUGGCAAGACCAGGUUACGGGUGAACUGUGUUGGGGUAUUUGAUGUCUUAACAUUUGACAACAGUCAGACCAAUCAUCUUGCCCUGAUGCCACAGUACCAGCAAGCAGAUCUCGUGUCACUGGGCAAGGUUGUGCUGGCUUUGGCAUGUAACUCCCUGGCUGGCAUUCAAAGGGAGAACUUGCAGAAGGCCAUGGAGCUGGUGUCUAUCAACUAUUCUUCAGACCUCAAGAACCUCAUUCUGUACUGCCUGACUGAACAGUCUCGCCUGCGCAGCGUCAAUGACAUUAUGCCGAUGAUUGGAGCCCGAUUCUACACACAACUGGAUGCAUCACAGAUGAGGAAUGAUGUCAUCGAGGAGGAUCUGGCCAAGGAGGUGCAAAAUGGUCGUCUCUUCCGCUUGUUGGCCAAACUGGGCACCAUAAAUGAACGGCCAGAGUUCCAAAAGGACCCAACGUGGUCAGAAACGGGCGACCGCUACCUGUUGAAGCUUUUCCGGGAUCAUCUGUUUCACCAGGUGACAGAAGCGGGGACGCCCUGGAUUGACCUCAGCCACAUCGUCUCCUGCCUCAACAAACUGGACGCGGGGGUACCUGAGAAGAUCAGCCUGGUGUCUCGGGAUGAGAAAAGCGUCCUGGUUGUCACCUACUCGGACCUGAAGCGCUGCUUUGACAGUACCUUCCAGGAGCUGCAGGCUGCUGCAUCCGGCUCUCUGUAGCACCUUCUUCAGGCCCAAUGGGUGGAGGUGCCGGGACCUGGAGCACACUAUUGCACUACAGUGGAGGACCAGGCUCAAGAGAUGACAUCAGCAUGGCAAAGACAGUGGGGCAGGGCUUCGUGAACCUCAGUCACAUACACUGACCCUGUCUACCAGGAAGGCUUUUCUAAAGUGUAAUUUGUUUUGUUUUUUAAGUUUUCUUAAACCC